AAUCAGACCCGAUGGCGCUCCGUGCAGUCCUACAGUUCCUUUGUGCGUUGGGAGUCUUUCACAAAGGUCUAACCUCUCUGAUAGAAACCCAGCAGACUGUGAUGGCAGCAGUGGGAGAAGAGGCUCAGUUAAACUGUCAGCUGAUGCAAUCUAAAGAUGUUCUGCAGGUCACAUGGCAGAAACGUUUACCUGAGGGGGAGAAGAAUCUAGCUACUUACAGCAACAAAUUUGGUAAAUCAGUGAAUCCUGAAUUUAGAAACAACGUGGAGUUUAAAUAUGCUGGACUACAGAACAGCUCCAUAGUCAUCAGGAAGGUGACGGAGCAGGAUGAAGGAUGCUAUCUCUGUUUGUUUAACAUCUACCCUGAAGGUGCUCUCACUGCUACAACCUGCCUCCUUCUCUAUGAGCUGCAUGAAGCCAUUCUCCAUGUUGGAGAAUCCAACUCUCCUGAAGAGGCAGUAGUGUCCUGCUCGGCCACAGGUCGACCUGCUCCCACAGUUACACUGACUGUCCCUCACCACAACUCUUCCAGUGUCACCAACACCAACGGUACAGUCACUGUCACCACUACAGCUGUGCUGCCUCGUCUCCAUGGCAACAGCACACAGGUUGGAUGUGCAGUGCGAGUGCUCUCUGGUCCUCAGAUAGAGGUGUUCACCAUGAUUCCUGAGAUCAGACAGCCGUCUGCUGAUGGUUUUGAUGAGAAAUCUAGGUCUGAUAACAGUGGUCACAGUCUAACCUCUGUGAUAGAAACCCAGCAGACUGUGAUGGCAGCAGUGGGAGAAGAGGCUCAGUUAAACUGUCAGCUGAUGCAAUCUAAAGAUGUUCUGCAGGUCACAUGGCAGAAACUAUUACCUGAGGGGGAGAAGAAUCUAGCUACUUACAGCAACAAAUUUGGUCAAACAGUGAAUCCUGACUUUAGAAACAAUGUGGAGUUUAAAUGUGCUGGACUACAGAACAGCUCCAUAGUCAUCAGGAAGGUGAUGGAGCAGGAUGAAGGAUGCUAUCUCUGUUUGUUUAACACCUACCCUGAAGGAGCUCUCACUGCUACAACCUGCCUCCUUCUCUAUGGUCUAACCUCUCUGAUAGAAACCCAGCAGACUGUGAUGGCAGCAGUGGGAGAAGAGGCUCAGUUAAACUGUCAGCUGAUGCAAUCUAAAGAGGUUCUGCAGGUCACAUGGCAGAAACUAUUACCUGAGGGGGAGAAGAAUCUAGCUACUUACAACAAAUACUUUGGUCAAAAGGUGAAUGCUGGUUUUGAAGAGAAAGUGGAGUUUAAAUGUGCUGGACUACAGAACAGCUCCAUAGUCAUCAGGAAGGUGACGGAGCAGGAUGAAGGAUGCUAUCGCUGUUUGUUUAACACCUACCCUGAAGGAGCUCUCACUGCUACAACCUGCCUCCUUCUCUAUGGUCUAACCUCUCUGAUAGAAACCCAGCAGACUGUGAUGGCAGCAGUGGGAGAAGAGGCUCAGUUAAACUGUCAGCUGAUGCAAUCUAAAGAUGUUCGGCAGGUCACAUGGCAGAAACUAUUACCUUAUGGGGAGAAGAAUUUAGCUACUUACAACAAAUACUUUGGUCAAAAGGUGAAUGCUGGUUUUGAAGAGAAAGUGGAGUUUAAAUGUGCUGGACUACAGAACAGCUCCAUAGUCAUCAGGAAGGUGACGGAGCAGGAUGAAGGAUGCUAUCUCUGUUUGUUUAACACCUACCCUGAAGGAGCUCUCACUGCUACAACCUGCCUCCUACUCUAUGAGCUGCAUGAAGCCAUUCUCCAUGUUGGAGAAUCCAACUCUCCUGAAGAGGCAGUAGUGUCCUGCUCGGCCACAGGUCGACCUGCUCCCACAGUUACACUGACUGUCCCUCACCACAACUCUUCCAGUGUCACCAACACCAACGGUACAGUCACUGUCACCACUACAGCUGUGCUGCCUUGCCCUCGCAGCACAGCACGAAAGGUUGGAUGUGCAGUGCGAGUGCUCUCUGGUCCUCAGAUAGAGGUGUUUACCAUGAUUCCUGAGAUCAGACAGCCGUCUGCUGAUGGUUUUGAUGAGAAAUCUUGGUCUGAUAACAGUGAUCACAAUUUCACUGUGAUCCUUGUGUUGUCUGUGGUAAUGGCCGGUGUUUGUCUUGCUGUAAUCAUCACCGUCUGCAUCUGGCUCAUAAGAAAACACUGGAACUGUGUGUCACACAGGGACUCUGAGGAGAACAAGACACCACAGAAACCAACUAAAGAUGAUCAUGAGCCCAAAACACCUUUAAUGAGUCAAGAGAAUGAGGUACGGCAACGGGGGUCUACUGGGGGAAAAAAACAUUGCAUCUACCCUAAAGUACCGUCUCCAAACUUAAGGUGUAAGCUUAAGCUAUUUAGUGGUACAGAAUAACCCACAAAGCCGAAGUCCCUGAAUGAAGACAGUUGGACUUGAACAAAAACUGCCUCAAAGCCU